AUGUCGUCCUCCUCCGCCUCGUCGGCUGUCUUCAACCUGCAGGACCACCUCGCGCCGUCCCCCACCGAGCAGCUCUGCUACGUCCACUGCAACUGCUGCGACACCAUCCUCGCGGUCGGCGUGCCGUGCAGCAGCCUGUUCAAGACGGUGACGGUGAGGUGCGGCCACUGCGCCAACCUGCUCUCCGUCAACCUCCGCGGCCUCCUGCUCCCGCCCGCCACGCCGCCCGCCACCCAGCUCCCCUUCGGCCAUUCCUUGAUGUCCCCUACCUCCCACCAUGGCCUCCUCGACGAGGUGGCGUUCCAGACGCCCAGCCUGCCCAUGGACCAGGGGAGCACCAACCUCAACGCCUUCACGGGCCGCACCAACAGCAGCUGCUCCAGCAACCUGCCGGCGGCGAUGCCCGUGCCUGCCGCCAAGCCUGCGCAGCAGCAGGAGACCGAGCAGUCGGCCAAGAGCGCCCCUUCGGCCAACAGGCCUCCGGAGAAGCGUCAGAGAGUCCCAUCCGCCUACAACCGCUUCAUUAAGGACGAGAUCCAGCGCAUCAAGGCCGGCAACCCGGACAUCACGCAUCGGGAGGCCUUCAGCGCGGCCGCGAAGAAUUGGGCCCAUUUCCCGCACAUCCACUUUGGCCUCAUGCCGGAUCAGGGGUUCAAGAGGACCUUCAAAGCUCAGGAUGGCCCUGAAGACAUGCUUCUCAAGGAUGGUCUCUAUGCGGCGGCGGCAGCGGCGGCCGCCAACAUGGGCGUCACUCCAUUCUAGCUACCUAAAUAGCAAG